AUGGGAGGUGAUGACAGUAAAGGUCAGAGUUCCAAGGUCAAUGAUGUCCAGAAGGUUGAGGUGUCUGUGCGAAGUUCAGAUGGAGGUUCUUUUGGGGAUUGUGGAUCUUCUCACCAAGGAGAUGGUCGAUCGGGGGUAUCUGAGGGGCAGGGUUUGGAGGAAGAUGUGUUUAAUGGGAAUUCUUUGAUUCAGUUCUAUGCAGAAUGUGGGGACUUGGAUUAUGCCUGGAAGGUGUUUGAUGAAAUGCUUGAGAGGAAUACUGUGUUGGGGACUAGUCUGAUUUGCGGUUAUGGUUGGAGGGAUAUGACAAAGGAAGCUUUUUUCUUGUUUUUCGAGAUGGGACUUGAUAGUGAAGCAGUUUUGGUCAUGGGUGAAAUGCUACAACAGGGCUUAAGACCCGACAAGGUUAUGUGCCAUAUCAGCUUUUGCCAACUAAGUGAUUCUCUCUCUGGAAAGUGUUCCCAUGGUUAUGUUCUAAGGAAUGGGCUAGAAGGUUGGGAUACGAUUUGCAAUGCCAUGAUUGACAUGUACAAGAAGUGCAGCCAACCAGAAAUGGCCUGCAUAAUUUUUGACAAUAUGUCGAAUAAGACUACCGAGGGAAUAAAAGGAGAUACGGUGACCAUGGUGGAGGUUGCAUCUGCCUGCGGAUAUCUAGGAGCUAUUGAUCUUGCAAAGUGGACUCAUGCUUAUAUUGGAAAAGAUAAAAUUAACUGUGACAUGCGGCUCGGGACAUCUUUAGUUGACAUGUUUGCUAGAUGUGGCAACCCUCAAAGUGCAAUAAAGGUGUUCGAUAACAUGGCAAGAAGAGAUGUUUCUGCUUGGACAGCAGCCAUUGGAGCAAUGGCCAUGCAAGGAAAUGGGGAGCGAGCUCUAGAGCUUUUCGAUAACAUGCAUAAGCAAGGGGUGAAACCAGAUGAAGUAGUCUUUGUGGCAGUACUAACAGCAUGCAGCCAUGCUGGGGGCUUGGAAGAAGCUGUUGAUCUGGUAAAGAGCAUGCCAAUGGAACCUAAUGAUGUCAUUUGGGGCACUCUCUUGGCUGCUUGUCAAACCCACAAAAACGUCAAAAUGGCAGCAUAUGCAGCUGAACAGGUAUCUAAAUUGACUACUCAGAGGGCUGGUAUUCAUGUGCUUGUCUCCAACAUAUAUGCAUCAGCUGGGAAAUGGGCAGAUAUUGCAAAAGUGAGGCUACAACUAAAAGAGGCAGGGAUGCAGAAGGUACCUGGAUGCAGUUCCGUUGAAGUUAAUGGAGUGAUUCAUGAGUUACCUUCGGUGGUGAUACUGAUACACACACAGAGAAGAGCCACAUUGCAUUGA